UCACACAAUUAUCUAAAUAAACACGAUACAGUUCUACAAGACUAGAUAAGACUUUUUAAGGGCACAGAUUGUGACCUUCUAGUCUUCUACUAUUAUUCUAAUUCAUCUCCAUUAAUAAUCACCCUACUACCAAACUUUUUCUUUUGUAUAGGAGUACUAAUCAAAACAAAGCCAAAUAAGACCGGUGUUGUCUCAAAGACUCAACUAGAAGUAGGAGUAUUUAAUAAUUUUAUCUGUCCUCUACAUUUCAUUAUUGUAGUUGUUAUGAAAAGGUUAUUGAUCAUUUUAGUCCAUUUGGUGGUGUAAGAUUUGUCAGUAUUAUCUUGAUUGUUUGAUCAUGGGGUCAGAAGGUCCUGCUCCAUCAGUAACGGUUAAUGUGACUGGUUUUAAGAAGUUUCAUGGAGUUGCAGAAAAUCCAACAGAGACAAUUGUGCGUAAUUUGAAAGAGUACAUGAAGAAGAAGGGUUUACCUAAAGGGCUAGCUCUUGGGAGCUGCAAUGUUCUUGAAGCUGCAGGACACGGGGCAGUUGUUUCCCUUUAUCAGACGCUGCAAUCUGCGAUUGCUGGGAAUGAUUCAGAAUUGCCAAACUCUGGAAAUGUAAUUUGGUUGCAUUUAGGAGUUAAUAGUGGUGCUACACGAUUUGCCAUCGAAAAUCAGGCAGUGAACGAAGCUACUUUUCUUUGUCCUGAUGAGAUGGGAUGGAAGCCUCAGAAAGUUCGUAUUAUUCCUACAGAUGGAGAGAUUUCAAGAACAAGAAAGACUACUCUCCCUGUUAAAGAGAUUACGUCGACUUUGGCUAAGAAAGGCUACGACGUGAUGACAUCCAAUGAUGCUGAUCGAUUUGUGUGUAACUACGUCUACUACCAUUCACUUUGGUUCGCGGAGCAAAAUCAAACAAAGUCCCUAUUCGUACAUGUUCCGCUUUUUUCCACUAUAAACAAGGAAACCCAAAUGCAGUUUGUAGCUUCCUUAUUGGAGGAACUUGCAUCUUUCUGUAGCACCCUGGGGUGUAACUCGCUCGAUCUGUCAUGUCCAGUGUUUGUGUGAGUCUGUACUGUUGGGUACUUGGGUGUUGCAUUCUGUUUUGUGGGGGGGGGGGUUAAACGCAUGUUUCUUGCAUGCUGAAGUAGCUAAUUUGAGUCCGUCAUUUGGAUUCCAAUCCAUUGCUGCUUACUUGGUGUAUACCUGAAAAAUUGUGCAACUUUUUCCAACUUGACGGUGAUGGUAACUUUAUGAAACUAUGGUAUAAA